UUCCACCGUCGAAGAGGCUGCUCGUGCAUUGAUGUCACAGGUUCUGGACUAGUGAGGUCGCGCCUCUGCGCCUCCGAUGUUCCUACUCCUGCCUAGUGUGUUUGGGUGACGAGUUGAUCCGAAUGAUAUUCGUGAUGGCGUAGUGAACUGUGACGCUGCUAUCCUUUAUCCUCACUUUCUGGCGAUGUCUUGUCGAGGCCUUUGGAUGUAAGCCAAGCCAGUGUUGGGUCCGUGCGCAACAGAGCCCUUUGUCCAAUGGCGCACUGAUCUGUGCAGCACUGAUGUCUGGGGCAGACCCCAUUGCGUCAUUGUUUGCUCCCUGGCUGCUUCCCCUCAUAUCUACCAGGCACCGCGAACUUGCCUACGCGUGCGUGGUACCUGCCAAGCUGUAGAACGACAUGGUAGCAUCUCCAGCGCGACGCCUCGCUACUACCUCUGUACGGAAAUUUUUAUCAAACGCACCAAAGGCCAUCUCGACCCGCUACAGCUCCCGACCUGCUGGCUGGAUUCUCCAGUGGCCUGGCUCCCCAGUGCGCGCCAGCUCGACUCUCAUGAGGGACGCCCACGGCUCGCUCAACCGGGGAGCAAGCACAUACAAAUACAACAAAGGCCUAGAGUUUGCGACAGACGGCAAAAGAAGGAUGGCGACCUCGGACGACGCGUACAUGGACUUUCUGAACAAGUCCAACCGGGACCCCUCAGACGGCCAGUCGAAAAAGGCGGCGGCGCCGGACGGGGAACUAAAGACGACCGAGGCCGGGGUCGAGACGCCGGCAGCGAUCGCCCGGGCGACGAAAGAGGCCUUUUAUACCAGCGAGGCCGACGAGCCCUUUGUGUCCGUCGCGCUGGCCUGGGAGAAGGGAUUGCCGAACGAGGAGGAGUUCGCGACGCUCAUCGGGCACUGGGACCCGGCCGAGGCGGGGAUCGACAUCCUGGACCCCGUCGACUGGGACAGCCAGGGCCAGUACGGUGACGUCGUCGAGGCGGUCCGGGAGGCGAGCAAGGGCAACGACGUCCGCGUCUACCGCGUGCCGGGCAGGAGGCCGUCGCGGGUCGAGUACUGGGUCGUGACGGCGACGGGCGGCAAGGGCGGGAGGCUGGUGGGGGCCAAGGCGCUUGCCAUCGAGAGCUGAGGGCGCACCCGGGCUGAGGCCGCGAUGGUGUUUGGCACCCGAGGAGUGUGUGCCUUGGGUAGCUUGGGCGGGGCGUUGAACGAGGAGGAGUGGAUAGGCUUCUGGGUUUGUUCUGGACAGGGCACCAUGCAGCCUUGGCAGGGCCUUGAACUUUAACGAUGGAGAGUUUUGCUUUCUCAAUGUGCUGGUAUGGGCGUUCAGCGAGUGGACCUCGCCCAGUUCUUUGACUGAACUAGUUAAAGGAUCAACAUGGGAAAAUUCAGAAAGGCUCGUAAGAGACGCAAGAACCAUGAUUAUCAACGAAGCAUUUCCCCUGGAAAAGGCAGGCAAAGGGCUUAAGUG